UCCGCGUGCGUAUUCGCAGCUCAGGAGGAGAGUGGACGAGGACGAAACAAAAAAUGGCGUCUGGUGCGACCUCCUCUCAUUCCGAUUACAAUGCUCAAAUUGAGAGCCCACCCCAAAAAGAAGAAUUAUUCAAUAGUUUUUACACUGAAGUGAAGGAAAUCGAGAAGAGGGAUUCCGUACUGACUCCCAAACAACAAAUAGAUCGCUUACUACGUCCUGGAUCGACAUACUUUAAUCUGAAUCCAUUCGAAGUAUUGCAAGUAGAACCUGAAACAUCUUUAGAAGAAGUCAAGAAAAAGUACCGACGGAUGUCAAUUUUAGUGCAUCCCGACAAAAAUCAAGAUGAUGUUGAGAGAGCACAGCAGGCUUUUGAGAUUAUUAACUCUGCAUGGAAAAUCCUGGAAUGUGACGACACCAGAGCAAGGUGUAUGGAUGUUAUAGAAGAAGCCCGUGCAAGAACCGACCAAAUGCUUGCUGAAAAAAGGAAGCGGUUGAAGAAGGAAGGAAAAGAUUCCAGAAUAGAGGAAGAUGAACCUGAGAAGUACAAACAUGCUGUGUAUGUGAGAACAAUGAAGCUCUUUGCUGACAUGGAGAGGAAACGCAGAGAACUGGCCAAUAGGGAUAUGGAAGAACGCAAGAGAAAGAGAGAAAAUGAGAUAGAGGAAGAAGAAAAGGCAUCCACAGAAAAGGAAUGGCAAAAGAACUUUGAGGAAUCCCGACAAAAUAGAGUGGAGAGCUGGAAGACUUUUCAGACUGGUAAGAAAGGAAAGAAGGUAAAAGGUAUGGGGUUUAAGCCACCAAAGCACAAAGCCGAAUCCCGAUAAAUUUUUUACAUAGUUGCUCCCCCAUUUAAAAUUUGUAAUCUAGAGAAAACAAAAUUAUAACAAGUCAAAUUCCCCACUAAAAUUGAUGUUUCUUAGUCAUUAAGGAACUUUUACUGGGAUUGUUUUGUAAGCAAAAGGAAUCAUUGUGUGUUUUGGUUUGUAUGAACAAACUUAGGUAGGAAAGGGAUUUCUUUGUACUUUAAGCUAACCUUCCCAAUAAUUAAGUUUGUAUUUUUGACUAUCUGACUUACACCCAUUUGAAUUUUGAUAUCUUGCUUGGAUUGAUUGUUCUCAAGACUUGAUUUGUUACAGUGUAGUUACGAAGCAUUGUCUAUGAGGACACACCUUGUGUUUUUUGUGACCUUGCCCCCUCCCCGCUCCCCAAAUAUGUGUGUCAUUUUUGUCUCCCACUGUAGUUUGGCACUACACACAAAGAAUAUUGUCAUGGUUUAAUUCAUCUUGGUUUAUCUCUGGAAUUUAAAUCAGAGUUGAAACUUUCUCUUCCCGGUUUGAAACUAAUGUUUGUUGUGAUGAAUGAAAUUAUUCAGUGUCUCAGGUUUUUUGUUUUAUCAACACAUCAUAGAAAGCUCUCA